CUGUGUUCUUAGUUAGAAAAAUAGCCUAAAGAAGAAGCAGCUGAAGCAAAAGAAAAAGAGAAAAAAGGAACUGUGUUUGGCUUUCGCUUUCUCUCAUUAAGGCUUGCUUAUUGUUAUUGGUGUUGAAAACGAAAGCUUUGAAUAACAACCACUCUCUUCGUCCCUUCCCUUUCUCUAACGUUGUUCUUUCCAACAAGCCAAGUUUUCGCUUUUUCUUUCCACAAAACGCACUCUUUUUCCCUUUUAUUCCUCAUGUGAUUCUACCUUCACAGCAAUGGCGGACUCCACCAAGGUGCGCUUGGUGCGCUGCCCCAAGUGUGAAAAUCUCCUUCCUGAGCUUGCUGAUUACUCUCUUUAUCAAUGCGGUGGUUGCGGUGCUGUUCUUCGAGCGAAGCUUAAAGGUUAUGUAAGUGGCAGCUUGUCAGAGAAGUCUGAUGAGGGAAAGGUUGGAGGAGAUUCUGGAAAACUAGAAAAUUCUUUGGAGAAAAGCAUAGUUGCUCCCAGUUAUACUUCAAAUGUUGAUACUAAGCCAGAUAAUGGAUAUGAGAGUUUGCCGACUCAAUCGAACGAGAAUGGGGUUUCUGAGAAUGGUGUUGAUGUCAGUGGCAGCAAAGAUCAAGUGGUAAAAGCAAUAGGAAGGGAAGGGGAGGAGCCCGAGUCUCGGGCUGGUUUCGAUGAAGGAUCAUCGAAAUUCUCUGGGAGAAUGUUUAGCCGGCGAAAUGGAGACAAGCCUAGAGCUGAUAUGGAAAGUGUGAGAUUUUCCACUUCAAAUCAUCCUGAUGAGGGCACUUCAAAUAGCUAUUCAUGGAGGAAGCAGAAUGAUGAGCAAGAUCGAAGCGAGCUUCUAAGGAAGUUGGAUGAGUUAAAGGGCCAGCUAGGUAAAUCUUCUGAAGCAGUUAGUGACUCAAAAGAGAAGGUUCGUCCCGAUGAAAGGAUGAUUCCUCCAGAUCCUUGGUUUCCGGAUGGAUCAUCAAGGCUAAACAGGAAUUCAAGACAAUUUUUUGGCACUGACAAACAUGUUGCAGGUCCCCCAUACUUCAAUUAUUGCCAUGAUCCAUAUGCUUAUACUAGCAGUCAUGAAAUGGCUAUGCCCAACUUCCAUCCUGCAAUGCAUAAUCUGAAUCACAUUCCUGGAUAUGGAGAUCCUUAUGCAUCUCAAAUGCUGAGGAGAGGUCCACAUCAAUUCCUACAACAAUCAAUGCAUCCUUACUUUCCCGGACGUUAUGUUGAUAGUAGUACAGAUUAUGAACCAUACACACAUAAUGCAAUGCUUCACCCAUCUUCUUGUUCUUGUUUUCAUUGCUAUGACAACAAACGCAGAGGUCCAGUGCCUAAUAGCAGAUUUCCUGAUACCCCAAAUGAUCCUAUGUUAUACAAUCACGACAUACCAGGUGCAUUUGGUCCACAUGCUAGAACUGCCAUUCCUCCAAAGCAGUUGCAUAAUAGAUGGCCUAGUGAGAUGAGUGGUUUUGUGCGAAGCCGUCCCCGAAAAGUAAUGUUAGCUAGUGGCAGACAGCAUUGCCGUCCCAUAGCCGGUGGUUCUCCCUUCAUUACAUGUCAUAAUUGCUUUGAGCUAUUGCAGCUGCCUAAAAGGGUGCUGGUUAUGUUAAAGGGUCAUCGGCAGAAAGUGAGAUGUGGAGCUUGCUCCACAGACAUAAUUUUCACUGUCAUCAACAGCAAGCUAGUUGUUUCUCCUCAUCCGGAAAGGGCUGAUGAUGGCUCUAAUGAGGUUGUAAGUAGGCGGAUGUUUCAUCCACGUGGUCACAUGAACAGGAGUGGUGUUAACUUCUCUUCUGAUGAUUAUUCUGGUUAUGAGUUCCACUCAGUAGACAGAGUUGCAGGCCCAAGUUCAAAUUCUAACAAGUCCCAGGAUAUGCAAAGCUUUCAUUCUUCAUCUCCCAGCACCUCUGAAGACGAAAAUAGUCUAGAAAUGAUGACUGCUCCAAGUGAUGCAACUAAGGCCAUUAACAAAGGCUCUUCCUCUCCUCCUGCUGGCUCACCUUUGCAAGAGUAUUUCGAUUACUCUAACAAUAACUAUGCAGUAAAUCGGUUUGGAAAAGGCAACCGAAGUAGUCGCUCAGAACAAGAGAAGGCCAAAGUUGACAAGGUUACAUCACGGCAGAAUUCUCUAAAGGAGGCAGCAGUUGCAACUGAGAUGGAUGUCCAUGACUAUUCUAACACUGCUGUCUCCCUGGAUUCUAGAGAUGAUCAUCCUAAAUCCAACAAAGGGACUGACUCAUUCUUGGCAAAUAUUAUCAAGAAAAGCUUCCGAGAUUUCUCUCGAUCUGCUCAAACGGAUGAUCGAAGCAAAAUCAAUGUUACUGUAAAUGGGCACCCCAUUUCGGAUCGUGUACUUAAGAAGGCCGAGAAGCUAGCUGGACCAAUCCAGCCUGGAAAUUAUUGGUAUGAUUUUCGAGCUGGAUUUUGGGGUGUCAUGGGUGGACCUUGUCUUGGAAUAAUUCCUCCAUUUAUAGAUGAGUUCAAUUAUCCUUUGUCGGACAAAUGUUCCGGUGGAAACACUGGUGUUUUUGUAAACGGUAGGGAGCUUCACCUAAAAGAUUUGGAUUUGCUUGCUGGAAGGGGACUUCCCACUGAAAGAGAUAGAUCUUAUAUCAUUGAAAUUUCUGGGAGAGUCCUGGAUGAAGACACAGGAGAAGAGCUAGAGAGCCUUGGAAAGCUUGCGCCAACAGUUGAGAAAGUGAAGCAUGGAUUUGGCAUGAAAGUACCUAGACCAGCUGCAUAAUCAAAUGUAGAAACAAAUACUGUUGUAGGUUUGGGAAGAUGAAUUUUGUGCCUUCCUUGUGAACACUCCACAACGUUAUUUGGUAUCAGAACAUUCAACUAGUCUGGAAAUGCUUACAAGAUUACUUGAAAUCGAAAUCCUCCUUUUUGUAGUGAUUUGGUUCAUGCUCAUGAAGUGGAUUUAGAUUACAUAUUUAUGUUUAUUAGAAAAACUGCAUGAGGAGUUCUGAGAUUGAUAAUGUCAAGAAGUUUCAGUAGUUCUUGAUUGAGCAGCAAGGCUGGCAUCUAGUGUAGAAUUUGAUGUGUAAAAAUUUAAUUUAUUCCUUUGAGUUUAUAAUAGUAAAUUUGUAGUGAACCAUGGAAGUUAUAUUUUAAUAUGA